GCCCCGGAGCCGGAGGCUUCUGGAUACAUCGGACCCGGCUCGUGGCGGUGCAGGUGAGGCCUGACAGCUACAGAGGAAAGAUGGGCGAGGAGACCAAUGAUGACAAGAAGCCAACAACUAAAUUUGAACUGGAGCGAGAAACAGAACUUCGCUUCGAGGUGGAGGCAUCUCAGUCAGUUCAGUUGGAGCUGCUGGCUGGCAUGGCAGAAAUCUUCGGCACAGAACUGACCCGAAAUAAGAAAUUCACUUUCGAUGCUGGAGCCAAGGUGGCUGUUUUCACUUGGCAUGGCUGUUCCGUACAGCUGAGUGGCCGCACUGAGGUGGCUUAUGUCUCCAAGGACACGCCUAUGUUGCUUUACCUCAACACUCAUACAGCCCUGGAGCAGAUGAGGAGGCAGGCGGAGAAAGAAGAAGAGCGAGGGCCUCGGGUGAUGGUAGUGGGCCCCACAGAUGUGGGCAAGUCCACUGUGUGCCGCCUGUUGCUCAACUACGCAGUGCGAUUGGGCCGCCGUCCCACUUACGUCGAGCUGGAUGUGGGUCAGGGCUCAGUGUCCAUCCCCGGGACCAUGGGCGCCCUCUACAUUGAGCGGCCAGCAGAUGUUGAAGAGGGAUUCUCAAUCCAGGCCCCUUUGGUGUAUCAUUUUGGCUCCACUACUCCUGGCACCAACAUCAAGCUUUACAACAAGAUCACAUCUCGUUUAGCAGACGUGUUCAACCAGAGGUGCGAGGUGAACCGAAGGGCCUCUGUGAGUGGCUGUGUCAUUAACACCUGUGGCUGGGUCAAGGGCUCUGGUUAUCAUGCCCUGGUGCACGCAGCUUCUGCUUUUGAGGUGGACGUCGUCGUAGUCCUGGAUCAAGAACGUCUGUACAAUGAACUAAAACGGGACCUGCCUCACUUUGUACGCACUGUGCUGCUCCCUAAGUCAGGGGGGGUGGUGGAACGCUCCAAGGACUUCCGGAGGGAAUGUCGGGAUGAGCGAAUUCGUGAGUAUUUCUAUGGAUUUCGGGGUUGUUUCUAUCCCCAUGCCUUCAAUGUCAAGUUUUCAGAUGUGAAAAUCUACAAAGUUGGGGCACCCACCAUCCCAGACUCAUGCCUCCCUUUGGGCAUGUCUCAGGAGGACAAUCAGCUCAAACUAGUGCCUGUCACCCCUGGCCGAGAUAUGGUGCACCACCUGCUGAGUGUUAGCACUGCUGAGGGCACGGAGGAGAACCUGUCUGAGACCAGCGUGGCCGGCUUCAUUGUGGUGACCAGUGUGGAUCUGGAGCACCAGGUGUUCACCGUCCUCUCACCAGCCCCCCGCCCACUGCCUAAGAACUUUCUUCUUAUUAUGGACAUCCGCUUCAUGGAUCUCAAGUAGAGGUCAGCAGGAAGACGUGCUGCCUGGGCCGGGGAGCUGGCAACUCAAAGGCAGAUGGGUUGAGGUAUGAGACUCGGUUGCGGCCAGGCUGGCCAGUAAAUGGUGGCCAGUAAAAGCUUACUGGACCUCUCCAGGCAGGGGGUGGUGACCUGACUCCUCUAAUCUCAAUUCAGAAGGAGACCAUGAAAAUAUAGUUCGUUUCUUAGAUCGCCCAAGGUGCCACUGUGAAUUGUGAGGCCCUGGAAAAUCCCAUUUCGUCUACAGUGCUACUUGUGAACUUAUUUGUAUGAUGGAGUUGUUCUGUUUUAUAUUCUGUAUCUAAUACUUGUCAUCUCAUUUUACCCACUCAUCCCAGGACGAAUGAAUUAGAACUCCUUCUUAUAAAGGUCACACUUGAAAAAAUACUAUUUUAAUAAAUAUUUUU